AUUACAUGGAUGAUACUCAGUCCAUCUAACCACUUCGAGUCCGACUCGCUGUCUCUUUUUCACUUAUACAUAUGCUUUGUUUACGUGACAUACUACAUAUACAUGAAGGCACACAGAUGGAGUGGAAUCUUUUCACUGCAGGCAAUUUUUAGUGGCAAAAGAUGAUGAAAAUCAUAAGCAUAAAUUGCGACUAAUCGCACACACACUGGUGUUGUGUGUAUUAAGCCUUUAAUUUCUUGUUUGUUUCUUUGGUUUCGACACAUUUUCAAAGUGACCAAAAGGAAAUCAUUUAAAAAAUUUGACAGAAAAAAAAAAUAGAAUUUCGGGUGUGCACUAAUUUAUUCAAUGAAAAGGGUUCAAUGGAAAACGAAAAUAAUACAUUUUAUUUGUCUUUUUAAAUAAAACCACACAUAAAUUCGUGAAGCUCGUGCGCAACCAUGAAUAUUAGUCAAUUUUUUAAUGGCAAUACUUUGGUGGACGAUUUAUCGCCAGUGUCUGCAUUACGAUUGAAUUUUGAUCAAUUGCCCAUUGAAACGACCGAUACAAUAAAUCCAACCAAAAAUGUAUUUGGCGUUGCGGUGCCCGCACAAUUUGUACCUGAACGUAUCAUUUCGUGGUUAGACAAUACGAAUAGCGACAGUGGUGGUAGUGGUAAUGGUGGCGAUGGCGCCAACCAAUCGGACUUGACACCAAAUUCAACCGCAUCGGAUAAAGUCAUAUUCAGCAAUGACGAUUUAAAUAAUCCAAUUAUUAAAAAAGUUGACAAUGUACGAAUGAUUGACCGAUACAAUGUGAAGAAUCCGACAAAGGGAACGCUUUACAUAACAGCAACGCACAUCAUAUUUGUCGAUCCGGAAACAAACAAGGAGACAUGGAUAUUGCAUAUGCACAUUGGAAGCAUCGAGAAGUUGCAACUCACCACAACGGGUUCACCACUGUUGAUACGAUGCAAAACAUUUUUGUUUGUCACAUUUGUCAUACCACGGGAAAAGGAGUGUCAUGAUAUUUAUGUUACGCUGCAGAAAUUAUACCAACCAGUUCACAUUCGAAACUUGUAUUGCUUCCAAUACACCUCCAGUAAUGAGGAGUUACCCAAGACAACGGGAUGGAAUUUCUUUUCAUUGGAAACAGAAUUUAAGCGACAAAAUGUACCAAACGAUCGCUGGACACUGUGCAAUUUGAAUAAAACAUACGAAUUAUGUGAUACUUAUCCAAGACAGAUUUAUGUUCCAUCGAAAGCAACCACCGCCAUGUUGAAUGGGAGUGCGGGUUUUCGAUCGAAAGCUCGUUUGCCCGUGCUCACCUACUUGCAUUCGAAUCAGGCAUCGAUUUGCCGAUGCAGCCAACCUCUGUCUGGGUUUAGUGCACGUUGCCAAGAAGAUGAAGAAAUGCUCGAAGCCAUUCGCAAGACAAAUCCAGACAGCGAAUUUAUGUAUGUAGUGGAUACCAGGCCAAGGAUCAACGCAAUGGCAAAUCGCGCUGCGGGCAAAGGCUAUGAAAACGAAGCAUUCUACGAAAAUAUAAAAUUCCAUUUUCUUGGCAUUGAAAAUAUACAUGUGAUGAGAACCAGCUUGCAAAAACUAGUGGAGACCAUUUCAAUUGAUCAAAAGUCGUUGACAAUGGGCGGUUUCUUGAAUUCCCUUGAAGCGUCUGGUUGGUUGAAACAUGUUCGGGCUGUUCUCGAUACUUCAAGCUUUAUAGCAUCGGCUGUGGAUAAGGGUAUUUCAGUUGUAGUACAUUGCUCAGAUGGGUGGGAUCGAACGGCGCAAGUGUGUUCGUUGGCGGCUCUUAUGUGUGAUCCAUUUUAUCGUACGAUUAAAGGUUUCCAAGCACUAAUUGAGAAAGAUUGGCUGGCAUUUGGUCAUAAGUUCAGUGAUCGUUGCGGUCACAUUCAAACGGAUCCAAAGGAAAUGUCGCCGGUGUUUACGCAAUUUCUCGAUUGUACUUUUCAAUUAAUGCAACAGCGCAACGAUGCGUUCGAGUUCAAUGAGCGUUUCCUAUUAAUUUUGCAUGAUCACGUACAAUCAUGCCAAUUUGGCACGUUCAUUGGCAAUUGUGAAAAGGAUCGGCUGGAUUUGCGAUUGUCUGAACUAACAUUCUCACUGUGGGGAUACAUGGCAAACCAUUUGAAUGAGUAUGUGAAUCCAUUGUAUCGGCCCGAAAUUAACGCAAUUAUUCGACCAAAUUUGGCGCCACAAAGUAUUAAGUUCUGGCGCGGAAUGUACGGUCGCUUUGAAAGUGGUGUUCAUCCAAGGGAAUCCAUGAAUGAUUUAUUGCUGGCCAGUCAGGAUCAUACAAAUUCUCUGGAGGAUCAUGUACAACAUCUUACCAAACGAAUCGGUUACCUGAAGAAUUUGAUUUCAAAAUCAGCAAAACGUUUUCAAAACGCAUCCAAACCAAAGUCUAAUGAAGAAAGUGAUCUUUCUAAUGAUAACAAAUUUGAGUAUGAUAAGAAAAUGAGUGAAUUGUCGUGCGCGGAUGAGGAUCAUCCGUUAAAACUCGAAACAUUACCAAAAUCAGACACCGACGCAGGCGUUGAAGGUACAAAUCAAUUGAGCGACAAAAUAACAAAGGAAUUGGAUUCGGUGGCCGUUGAUUGGAAAAGCCUACGUACAACAACUGCAUGCAGUUGCACCACACCAUUCGACCAAUUCAGCCGCAAAAGCAAUUGUUGGCGUUGUGGAGAAGUGUAUUGCGUAAGAUGCAUAAAUCAUACGAUUGAGUUGCCGGGUCAUGACAGCAAUAAAGCAGCACCAGUUUGUCGCAAUUGUUUCCGUGUCGUUCAGCAAAAUAACAGCCCAUAAAUGGAUAUUGAAGCUGCAACACUUUAUUAUCUACGCUACUGUUGUUUGCCUGUCGUUUAAAUCCGUUAAUUGUGAAUUUUUUUCAAACACUUUUAAAAGUUUAUGUUGAUACAACCACAAAAAAGCCAGAUAUUUUCUUGUUAUUUUUUAUCAUAAUUUAUAAAUAUCGUAGACAAAUACACCUGCUAAAUGACUCUCAAUAAAUAAAUUCAGCUUUGCAAAUGUUGAUAAACAUAAA